UGAUCCCCAUCCUGCGCUCGAGCUCCAGCAGCACAGCGCGCGCUCUUGAUUUGCUUUUUUUUAUUUUAAGGGGUAAACAUGUGUUUUUCUAUUCUUCGUUUAAUUUACUGAAAUAAUGUUAACCUGAAAACGAGCGGAAUUUUGUUUGUAGCAGCGGGACAAGACCGGCGACACCAGGGCACAGAGCGGAGAGAGGAGCGAUUCAGCGGCUUAUUAUACCCCGGGACACUGGACAUUAUUCCUGCACGGUACUUUGGAUUACUUUGGUACGCACUUUGUGACUGGGGUACACCACAGAUAGUACUACAACAGUUUAUCCCCUUUUUCCUUGCAUGUCGCUUUUAUUUAGUAAAAAAUAAAACCCUUUAUAUCUUCGUUGAGCGGAUGCACACUUCUUUGCGCUUUGUGCAGACUGCAGCGACGGGGAAACAGUAACCUGUGGCAGAAUAAAAGAACAGGACGUAUUUAUUUCAUUUAAAAACAUUCACCUCAACUUAUUUUUCACUGAACUGGACUCAGAGAAACCCGUGAAGCCCAGAUCAGGAUCAAGAUGCACCGCAGCUGAACCCACGAGUCCGGGAGUCCUGCUGUUGGAAUCAGACUGGACAGACCUCCACCUCCCCGGUACUGGACAGGAGCUGAAUCAAAAUGACUCUCAGCGGUGCGAUGGUGAUCCUCCUCCUAGUGUGCUGGGUCUCCGGUGGCUCAUCAGCAGCGACUCCGAGCGCUCAGAGAGACGUGAUUCUCGGGCCGGAGACGUUCAGGGAUGUGGCAAACAUCAGCACCUUCCUGCUGGACCGUUUAUCGGGCAUGCUGUUCCUGGGUGCCAGGGAUGCCAUACUGGCCGUAGAUACCAACAAACUCAAUGACAAAAAACCAUUAAAGAUUAUUUGGGAUGUGCCAGUAGAAAAGAGGAAGUCAUGUGUGGGAAAGGGAAAGACGGAGGGUGACUGCAAGAACUACAUCCGACUGUUGGAGUUUUUAGGAGAUGGUCGCAUCUAUGUGUGUGGCACCUACGCUUUUGACCCCCAGUGUGCCUUCCUGAAUGCCAGCACCUUUACUCUGGAAAAAGCUGAUGAAGGGGUGAAGAUGGAGACAGGGAAGGGAAAGUGUCCUUUUGAGCCCAGUCAGCAUUACACAGCUGUUAUGGCAGACGGCAUCCUUUACACAGCAGCUACCAGUAACUUUCUGGGAACACUCUUCGACAUCUCCCGGGCAACGGGCCCUGAGCAGGACCGCAUCCGAACGGAACGAUCCAUCAACUGGCUCAGUGACCCGGAGUUUGUCAGCUCAGCUUUCAUAGAGCAGUCUGCGGACAACCCGACAGGAGACGAUGACAAAAUCUACUUCUUCUUCAACGAGGUGGCCAAAGAGUACGACUUCUACACCAAAGUCAAAGUGCCCAGGGUGGCGCGGGUCUGCAAGUCUGAUGUGGGAGGGAUGAAGACUCUACAGCGACGUUGGACCACCUUUCUCAAGGCCCAGCUGGUGUGCGAGGAUAAGCUCAGCGGUCAGCGCUAUAACAUCCUAACUGAUGUUUUCACCAUGCAACAUAUUCCAGGCGACCCCAGAAGCACACACUUCUACGGACUGUUCACCUCCCAGUGGGAGAGCAUAGACUUGUCAGCGGUGUGUGUUUUCAGCCUGUCUGACAUCAGCAAAGUGUUGGAUGGUCCCUUUAAAGAGCUGAAGAAAACUUGUGACACCUGGAUCAAUCAUGAGCCAGUCCCCACACCAAGACCUGGCCAGUGUUUAAACACUGCAUUGAAGGCCGAGGGCUUUGAGUCCUCCCUAAAACUUCCCGACAAGGUGCUGACAUUUGUGAGGGACCACCCUCUGAUGGAGAACAGUGUGACUGCGGCACCCCUGCUGGUUCGGAAAGGAAUCAGUUACACCAAGCUGGCUGUAACUUUGAUGAACGUCACCGAGGAGCGGAGGGCAGCGGUGCUGCAUCUAGGAACAGACCGUGGGGAGCUCCACCGGGUGGCAGUAGUGGGUCAGAAUAUCACCUUACUGCAGGAGACGCUUCUAUUCACGUCACAGGAGCCUGUUAACAAUAUAUUGCUGCACAAGGGCCAGGCUCUGGUGGGCAGCCCUCUGUCUCUGGCUCAAGUCCAAGCUGAAGGCUGUGCUCUCUAUCACAGCUGUGAGGUGUGUGCCAGAGCCAGAGGACUGGGCUGUGUGUGGAGCACAAAGCAAGAAGCCUGCAGGCCCACAGAAGAAGAGCCCGGUCCAGGUGAUGUGGUAGACGCUGCCUUGAAAAAGUGCCAAACAGAAGAAGGGCGCUGCGACCCAUUGCCCAGAGUGCUGCAAGUUUUCCAGGGCCUGCGCCUUUUGUUACCAUGUGUCCAACUGUCACCCAGGCCCUGUAGCUGGGAGUAUCCUCCCCACAGACACACCAGGCAGCACAACUCUGACCUGGAGGUGGUUGUUACUGAGGACAACUUGGGAACAUAUGUCUGCACGUGCCAGGAGGGGGGGGCAGGAGUCAGAGACCCCACCCCCUGCCGCAGAGCAGUCUAUCAUCUGACACUAGAAGCUCCCAGUGCCGGAAAAGUAGCAACAUCUGGAGGUCGUCAUAUCCUGGCCAUUUACAUACUUGCCAUCUUAGGAAGUUUAACAUUCACUGCAUGCCUUUUCUACUUUGUGAAACGGCGAUGUGGGAAUACCCACAACCUGCCAGAUAAUUCACUGUCAUCAGGAAAGGGACGGGACUUGCUGGGUUCAUCGACCACUCCUCAGUCCCCCAGCAGCUCCAGCCUUUUCUCAGAGGGAUUCCGGAUGACAGAAAAACGGAACGGGACUGCGACCUCGACCACAACAACCACGCUCCUUAGCAAUCAUGGAAAUGGCGGACACCACAGCAACAGUUACAGCGACACCCAGAUUAGCAGCAACUCCAGCAAUGGCCAUGGGAAUUCACUGUAUGCCAACUGCAACACAAGUAACAGUGGGAGGAAGCUUGGCCCCGAAUUUUUAGCACCAGAUAUGCUGGAUCGAAGGACGGGGGAGCGGGAGAGAGUGAGGCCUGAGGGCGGGGAGAGAGAGUCCGGGGAGGGGGAUGAGGUGGAGGAGGGGCUGAGGGAUGGGUUAGGGGAAGGAAUGAAAAGACUAGACGAGGAGCUCUCCAGCUUUACCAUGUUUAAAUCUCCAGCACCGCUGGCUAGGUGUGAAGAAAGUUCGAUAUGACCGGGUGAUAUCAAUACACUGUUGAUUGCACCAUUUUGCAUCCUCCAAAAGAAAACUGAAAACUACUGGAAUCAGUGCAAAGUGGCUACUGCCAGAUGCCUUUGAAUGGGAGCUGUGGGGUGAAGAGAGACUUCAGAGGUUUAUGAGAAAUAUAAGUUUAUGUCUAAGCAUGUGAGAGAGACCUGUUAUGUACAGUGGGAACUGCAAGAUACAAAACAUAUAACAGUGUUGGGAUAGACUGCUUAUAUUGAGACACUCAGGAUGAGAGCCACAGCUGACUAAAUGUGUCAGAUGUACAUAUAUAAAUAUAAACAGUCUGAACUUGAUGAUGGACUUGACGUUGUUACAAAAAAAAAAAAAAAUCAAAGAUGAAAUGUCUACAUCCGUAGACAUGGAAAAGCCAUAUUGUCUUUCUCCUUAACCUUUGCUGUAGUUUGCUCUCUCAUUUACUUCUCCUAUAAAGGAAAAGUGCACUUCUCUCUCUCACACCGCCUCUCUCUUUCUCUUGCUGUCUGUAUUUCUCUUUCUCACACACCACUUGAAUCCUAAACCUCGAUGGGUUCAGAGGCACCAAAGGACUGCUGAGCCAUAGACUGCCCAGUCAGAUUGCACCGGUCCUGGGCCUCAAACAGAGAGACGUCACUGUCAGAGAUUUAAGAACCAUAAAUUCACUGAGGAGCCUUCGCAUGGACUGCAGUGACUGUGACAGGGCUGUCCCUGCCUACACUGGAGUGAAGAGGCUGAUAGAUUCAAGGUCUAUCAGACUCCAGAUGCAGAGAAGAUACAAGAAACUGAACGCUGCCCGGGUCUGCCACUGCUCACAUUCACCAUUACUGAGACAGAAGGCUUUCAAAGGAUAUGAAAUUCAUUUCAGUCUUAAAGAAUGGACCUUACAAACUCAACGCCACCAUCACCUCAUUUUUGUGAGUGCAGAUUUUAACAUAAAUGUAUUGUUUUGUCAUGAUUUUUUGUAAUAAAACAUUAAAAAGUUAUUAUCCGUACUGUCUGGUAAAAGCCUGAAUGUGGGAAACGUAACAAAUGGUGACGUGUACUUCUUUUGGAUGGACAAAGUAACUUAUGUACCUCAUGUCUGUGUGAUUGUCUGAAACAGUGUUUAUGGCUCUGUUUGUGGCUAUGACUGAGUGUGUGUACCUUGAUACAUAAAAUACAUGGAUUACAGUACA